UUGGUGCCACGCAGGCAUAGUGACGUCAUUAACCGCGGUGGUGGAUGGGAUCGGCCUGAACUCACGACAGCCACGUAGCUAGCUACCAACGUUAGCUGUGUUCGUUAACGUCAGAGCAGUUUACAAUGGAUUUGCCACUUCAUGGCUAUCGAGCAAGUAAACAAAGAGCUCGUGCAGCUCCCCCGCCUGGAGAUACUCUACUGUUUGAGGAUACCAGCGCUGCAGCACCGGGAAUGAACACACAGGGCUAUUACACUCCUGGCUACAACAUGCCAGGACCCUCAAAUGACAUGCAAGGAGGUGCUGGAGUGAAUUUAUUUACUGACCCAAUGGCCAAUGCUGCCAUGAUGUACGGUUCCUCCUUAGCCAACCAAGGAAAGGAUAUGGUAAACAAAGAGAUCAGCAGGUUCAUGUCCGUGAACAAGCUGAAGUACUUUUUUGCUGUCGACAGCAGAUAUGUACUGAAGAAACUUGUGCUUCUCAUGUUCCCUUAUACACAUCAGGACUGGGAAGUACGUUACCAUCGGGACACUCCAUUGACUCCAAGACAGGAUGUGAAUGCACCUGAUCUUUACAUACCAACAAUGGCUUUCAUUACAUACAUAUUACUUGCUGGAAUGGCUCUCGGCAUUCAAAAAAGGUUCAGUCCAGAGGUUCUUGGAUUGUGUGCCAGCACUGCCCUCGUGUGGCUCAUCAUUGAAGUCUUGGCCAUGUUGUUGAGUCUGUACCUGCUUACUGUACACAGUGACCUCUCCACCUUUGAUCUCAUCGCCUACAGUGGCUACAAAUAUGUCGGGAUGAUCUUCACAGUGCUGUGUGGCUUACUGUUUGGCAGUGAUGGUUACUUUGUGGCUCUUGCCUGGUCAUCUUGUGCCCUAAUGUUCUUCAUUGUUCGUUCCCUGAAAAUGAAGAUCCUUCCCUCUAUCUCUUCGGACUCCAUGGGAACAGGAUCAAGUGCCAGGCCUCAACUCCGCCUUUAUAUCACUGUGGCCGCUGCUGUCUUUCAGCCAGUUAUUAUAUAUUGGUUAACCUUUCACUUGGUCAGGUGACCAUGAGGCAUUUUAUAGCCUCAGGGCCAUGUCACCCCCCCAAAAUGCUUUUUGAGUGUCACUGUUUGUACACCUGCCUUUACACACAUUCUCUUCAGUGCGCUCAAAUAUGAAGUGCUGAACUGCGGCAUAUGUUUAAGGUCAUCGUAUGUUGAUGACAAAAAAAAGUUUUAAUAACUGAACCAGCAAUGUGUGUGAAUUUUGUGGGAGAUGAAAUUGUGACCCUGGAAGAUUUUCUACUAAAAGUGUACAGUAAAAGUGACUUUUUUUUUUUUCCUUUCUUUCUUUUUGGCCGCCUAAUUUUGAAUACAAGGGCUUUCACUGUAAAAAUAGACAGAUCGUAGCUCCAAUUCAACUUGUUUCCUUUAUGUCCAUGGACAUGCUUUCCAGUAUUUACACCCAGUUAGACAGUACGUACUGCACACAGACUGAACUGGACAGUGCACAGUCUAAUUACCAUUUUCCUGGUAUGGUGAUGUCACUGCAAUGUCAUUUUUUUUUCUGAAUUCUGGUUUUUAUUUAAAUUUAGCAGCAUGACGAUGUUUGGAUAUUUUGUAGAAAAAUAAAUAUAUUUAGCUUUGUGUACUCA